AUGGCGACCAUCCUCACUUGUAUGUCUUUUAGCCUGGUGGCAACGGUGGGACACAUCCCAUCUCCAUACUGGGUGUGGUGCAUGUUCACCUGGUGCUUCUGCUGCUUCUUCACCUUUCUCAUUCUCAUCCUGGAGUUCACCACUGUCAAUACCAAAUUACCUUUCGCCUGGGAUGACUUCACCGCUGCCUUUGCUAUGUUGGCGAGCCUCAUGUGCCUUGCCGCCUCCAUCAUCUACCCCACCUUUUUCAGCUGCAUCACCUGCCCCCGCCAGAUCAGUGCCUCUGUGGUGUCCUGGGUGUGUUUCGGUGUGUAUGCAGGCGAAGUGGCCUUAACUCGCCUUCGUCCAAGUGGGCAGAACAGUGGGUUCCUCUCCACGUUGCCUGGCAUAAUGAAGAUGCUGGAGACGUUCCUCGCCUGUCUCAUCUUCACAUCCCUGGAAAAAGACCAGUACUUCGGCUCCCCAGGACUGCAGUGGUGCGUGGCCGUGUACUCCUUGUGCUUUAUCUUUGCCAUCCUCAUAAUCCUGUUCACCCUUGGACAGCUGACCUCUUUUUUUCCAUUCUCCUUUGACAAGCUAGUGAUCAUCUAUAACAUUUUGGCAGCAGUGAUGUAUAUGACAGCUGUGGUGAUCUGGCCACUGUAUAGUUUCCACACCAAUAACUGUGUCCCCCUCUGCGACUGGAAUAAACUGGUGGUGGUCACCUUCAUGACGAUCGUCAACUUUAUUGUUUACACCCUGGACACUGUCUACUCUAUACGCCUUGUGUUCUGUGUUAGUAACCAAAACUAA